CUUUCACUGUAUCCUUAGGGGCGGAUCUCGUUGAUCUAGCCAGGCGCGCUGCGCAAAGGGUCCCUGGCAGCAGGAUCUGUAAAGGACAGAGGUCUGUGAUCAUUUCGUCAGGUGAUCCCUGUCUCUUGGGUCAUGGUCGUAGCAACUCAAGGUUGAAAGGAAGAAAUUGUGCAAGCAUCCACAAAUCAUUUUACAACAGGUCUGAGACGAGCAUCUUCUCAGGAAGCUACUGUGUUCUAACAGAUCCCCUAGGAUCCGCAUUUGCAUCACAAGGUCUGAAAACCUUUGACACGCCAAGAUGGGUCGUCCUUGUGAAGACCCCGAUGCCGUAAGCAACGAGGACAACAACUUCAGGGCGGAGAUGGUGGUUGCCUUCGCUCAAGCCCUUCGGGAAGCGGAAGCAGCCAGAGCGGUUGCCGCGUCGACCAAGUCUCCAACUACAAUGGCUGCCGAUGCCUACGAGAACCUCUGCUUUGACUUCCCCCUGGUCGACAAAGAUGCGCUGGACGCGCUGGGACUCGUCAUCAAGUCAAAUCUGGCUGUGACCGGCCGCAUUUCCUUCCCAAUCACCCCGCGCUUCGUUGCGGGCCUGAGCCACUUGGCUCGGCCAGCAGCCCCCUCGCAACUAGGAGAGGAUGCCAAUACACCCGGCAACGACUCUCAGGGCCAAGCCAAGGGGCCUGUUAGCGACCAGUCCAUCGCACUCGCCACCAUCCUCUCCUGUGUACUCGUGGUGUCUCCUUCCCACGCGCUCGCCACUGCUCUUACGGACGACGGCGGAGCCUUGCGCGCAUUGCUCGGAACGUACCGCUCGGCCGGCCCCACCGCUGGCGUCCCCCAAGAACUCGCCUCAGAGACUCUGACACAAUCGAAUGAAGCGGCCAUCGAUGAGGGUCACGAUCAGCCUGACCCGCUGCCCGAGGAUGACGACUCGGACUGGGAACCCCUGGAAGAGGGCCUGAGUGGUGCAAAACCCCCUUACCCGGACCCCUUGCUUCCCCCACCGGACGACGGCCGUGCCUUGACGUGGCAGGAGCUGAUUGGUCGCCUGGCGGAUCUCGCUUCUCACACACGCUACGAGGCCCUAAUUUGCAGCGCUGUCUGGGCAGACCCCACUCUACGCCUGGUGCCUUCCAUCCUGGACCUUCUAGCCGGCUUGCAAGCGUGCGGCCGGCACCACGCAGUCGAUGUCACCGCGGCAACACGGCCUUACCUUGCGCUUCUCGUUGAUAGGUUGGCGGCAGACUCCGCAAACGGGGGCAGCGACAGCAUCGCCACCGUGGUGCCCCGAGUCUUGACCACGCUGACUUCCUCCCAGCCGGGGGAUCCCUCCCUGGCCCCCGCCUUUCUGUCGUCUCUAGUUGCUCGCCUUGCGGCCCGCCCAACGGCGCACCCCCUGCUCUGGCCAGCGGUUCAGGAGGCGCUCCCUAUGCUGGCAGCGCAUGCGCAAACGGUACUGGGCACAAAGACGGAGCGCGGUCACGACUGGCUAGCCGAAGUCGAGGCGGUGAUGAUUGUGCUGACUUUUUACGUGGAGGCAGCUCCCGGGAACGCCGAUAUCGGCCCGCCGUUACUGCAGAGUGGCCUCUUACGCGACUCCCUCGCGCUCUUCGCCGCCGCCGCUGCCGCCCCCCCCGCCGAGCAACUCCGUCGCUUCCUCCUUUUCGCCUGCGCGGCGUCCCCCGUGGUCGCCCGUUUCGCAGCCGCCGUACCCACCUUCUUGGCGACUACCACGUCGGAAGCGUUUCUAGACGCCCGCGGCCCCGCCAGUCUGCAUGCCGCCAUUUGGCCGCUCGUGCUGCCACGUGCGGCGACGAGUUUGGCGGGGGCGGAAGAUCGCGCUGCGGCGCUUGUGCGCGAGCCGGCGCAGGCGUGGACUGGGGGCGAGGAUCCGGAUGCAAUCAUGCUGGCGGGCGCUCUGGGUCGGCUUCACCGCUUCCUGUCACUGCUGCAAAGCGUCGUGCGCGCGGCUCCGGCCAACCGCGCGGUGUGGACAAAAGGCGGCCCCUUAGAGCACGCCUUGAAAGAAUGCGCGGCAAGUUUGCGCUCCGCCAAAACUAGCACCGCCCAAUCAAGCCCACCGCAAUCGGCGGCCUUAAGAGAGUUCUCUGACGAGGCGACUUCGCCGGAUGAGGGGACAAUUGAAGCGGUUGGAAGCGCGCAGUUGACAGCCUUGAGAGAGUCGGUUAAGGAAGCGCCUUCGUCGAACGAGCCGGAUGAUCGAAGAACGGACGCGACCGUGAUCGAAAGCACAAUAGAGAGUCGGAUACAAGAGGCGGCCCUUGGUAUCGGUGGAGAAAGGCAUGCGGAGGAAGGAAAGCCGGCUCAGAUUGAGGAGGUCACGCCCGAUCUCGAUGGCGAGGUUCGAACGAAGGGAGGGAGCCGGCACGUGCGGUCUGCUGACCGGCAAGCGCCGGAAGUCGAUAGGAGCACGGCGGAAGACAAAGUGCAAGAGCUGCUGCCUACUGUUCUCAAGCAGCUGAAAGAGAUCUCGGAUCACAGUAGGGGGGCCGGGGCGGUCGGUAAGAACGAUUGAGGAAGGAGUCAGAAGGUCGGAAGCUUGCUCAGCGUCAUCCACGGUUGCGUGUGACCUUCUCACCUCUGCAUCUCAUGAAAGCAUCGCAUGCCGUUACCAAACAUGCACGCGGCAGCUGUGCUAUGUUGGCUUUUGAGUACAUAGGUUUUUAUCAGCCUAGCCUUUCGUCGAGCAAUGUAUUGAAGACUUGCUAGGCUGCUUCACCUGUAACCCCUUUAUUCGCUUGGCCUUUUGGCCUUCGCUGACUUGAACGAGA